AUGACUCAAGAUAGCAAGGAUCUGAAGUUUAUUUUGGCUAUCACCUAUGGUGGCUGGGAAGAUGUUCUCCAGGCUUGCCGACGAGCCUCUGAAGUUGAGCAAGGAGUUGUCAAGGCAAAUGAUAUUAAUCAGUGUUACUUAUGGAAGAAAAUGCUGCUCACCGAGUUGGAUGGGGAGGUCAGUGACCCUGAUCUACUGAUUUGCACCAGCAGGGAGCAAAGAUUGAGCAACUAUCUAGUGAACAACUUGAGUUACACAGAAUUGGUAUUUACUAAGAAGCUUCAGCCAGACUUCAAUGAAGAAGAUUAUGUGAAAGCUUUGGUGGAGUUCCAGGAAAGAAACAGAUGA